AUGAGAUUAUUUUAUCUUUUUUAUUCGCGUUACAUUUUGUACACUGUCUUAAAAGUCACUUUAGGAAAAAUGCCUAUAUCCUCCACUCCCCCAAUUGGACAAAUGAUUCCAAAACCUGUUUCAGAAGAUGGAAUAGCCAACAGAAUAAUAAUCAAUUUAACUAAAGACAACAAAUCAAUUGAAGAUUUAUAUAACGAACAUGUCUCAACCCAAAAUCCCCUAAAAAGUUUCUCCAAAGACAUACAUGGCAACAUAUAUAUUGAUACAAAUAGGCGUGAACGACGGAUAAAAAGAAAUAAACAUUUGCUAGCAUUAUACAAUAAUAAUAAUAUAAAGGCAUCAAAUUUCAUUUAUCCACUAUUCAUCCACGAGGAGGAUAUCGAAAAGAAGGAAACGAAGCUAGAAGGAAUAUACACAUUUAACUUUGAAGGGAUAGUAAAGGAAAUAGAAGAAUGCUUAAAAUUAAACAUCCACCAUUUUAUGUUUUUUCCCGUAGUAAGGGAAGAAAAUAAAUCGGUGUAUUGCGAAGAAUCCUAUAACGAGAAUAGUUACUUUUGUAAAACGAUAACUAAAAUAAAAGAUAAAUUUUUAAAUGAUGUAAUAAUUUAUGCUGACGUAGCUCUCGAUCCUUAUAAUAUUUAUGGUCAUGAUGGCAUAUAUGAUAAUAAAAACCAAGAAAUUAUAAAUGAUAUAAGUGUUCAUACCCUUGUUAAGCAGUCCCUUUGUUUGGCGAAAUCUGGAGCUGAUGUUUUAUGCCCAAGUGAUUCAAUGGAUAAUAGAAUUGAACUUAUUAGAAAAAAUUUGGAUUAUUGCAACUUCAGAAAUGUUUUAAUUUUAUCAUAUACAUGUAAAUAUGCAUCGACCCUUUAUAAGCCCUUUAGAUAUAUUUUAAGUGCUAAUAUAUCAAAAAACUUUAUUAAAAACAAACAGUCGUAUCAACAUAAUUUUAACAAUUACAUUGAUCUUAACAAUGUAGAUAAGCAUAUAAAAGAAGGAGCAGAUAUUAUAAUGGUCAAACCGUCCUUGUUUUACUUAGAUGUUAUAAGAGAAAUAAAAAAAAAGAUUGGGGAAAAUAUAAAUGUGCCUAUAGCUGUUUAUAAUGUUUCUGGAGAAUAUAUGAUGAUUAAAAGUUAUGUAAAAUAUUUGAAUGAGAAUGAAAAUUAUGAAAAUGAAAUUCUUACUGAGUUAUUCAAAAGCUAUUUGAGAGCUGGGGCAAAUAUAAUUAUUACGUAUUUUGCUAAGCAAUAUGGAUUAUAUAUCAAAAAUUUAUAUGAAAAAAAAAUUCAUAUUGAAGAUAAUAAUAGCAAUAAUUUUAAUAUUCAAGAUUUGUAUCAAGAUGAUGAUUUGAUAAAAUGUGAAUUACCAAAUAAAUUAAGUAGUAUAAUAUACAAAAAACGAAAAAAUAAAAAUAAAAAAAUGUAUAUAUUAAAUAAUGAAGACCAUGUUAUAUUACCUUCGAAUCCAAUUUCGGAACAGUAUAAAUAUUGUAUAAAUCCAAUUGAUUUUAAUUAUGAAGAAUUGCAUGUAUAUAUGGAGGUAAAUACUGGAAGUGUUAAUGAAAAGAAAAAUCAGCAAGGUAUUAGUCACCUAUGUGAGCAUGUAUCUUAUAUGGGCUCAAAGAAAAGAAAAGAUAUCAUAGAUAAAAAUAUUCGAACAAAUGCAUAUACCGAUUUUCAUCAUAUCGUUUUUUAUAUAAGUGUGAGCUUAAAUAACGAAAUAUAUAAAGAAAACGCUUUAACCGAUUUCAAAUAUGAUAAUUUUGUAAAAAAUAUUAAAGAAGAUGAUAUUGAAAAUUAUGACAUAUAUACAGUUGACGAAUUUAAUUAUAAGCAUAGCAUUUUAUCUCAGUGUCUUGAUGUUAUGGUGGAUGUUUUAUCGGGGAAAGACCAAUUUAAUAAGGAAAGAAUAACAAAAGAAAAAAAAGCCAUAUUCUCUGAAUAUAGUAUUAUAAAUACCGUAGAUUAUAAAGUUAACUCCGAUAUUAUAAAAACAUUGCAUAGAGAAAACAGGCUAUCUCAUAGACUCCCAAUUGGAAAACUAGAAUUACUAAAACGUUAUGAAGAAAAAGACGUAAAGGAAUAUUUCAAUUUAUUUUUUAGACCUGAGAAUGUAAAUUUAUAUGUUUAUGGGGAUGUAAAUGCUGAUAUUGCACAAAAAAUUAUAAACAAAAAAUUUAAUAAUAUAAAAUGUACCAAUUUAACAAAAACAGAUAUAGAAUAUUUGAAUAUUUUAAACGAUAAAAAUACACUCCGAUCAAAAAAUAAAAAUUUACCUGCUGUUGUUCAUAUGUAUGGUGCGACACCAAAAAGCACAACCAAUGCAAUUUCUUAUGAUAAAUUAAUUGAUACAGCUAAUAAUAAUCAACAAAAUUCAUGUAAUAAUAAAGAAGUUCCACAACUAAUACCAGAAGAUACUCCUAUAAUGGGCGAAGUGAUAGAUGAUAAUAUUGCCGAUCUUGUAAAAUUUAAGAAUCUAAAGAAAGAAAACAAAAAUGAUAUUGCUACCGAAUUAAAAUUCCGAUCUUAUUUACAAAAUAAAUAUUCCGUAAAUUUGGAAGAAGAAAAAUCAUUAAACAAACCAUUAGAAAAUAAUUUCAAAACUCAAUUUGAAAUAUUUAAAUAUUCGCUAAAUAAUGCUAAUAUAAAUAUUUUAUUAAAAGAAGAAAUAAAAAGUAUUAGAUCUAUGGAAGACUUUAAAAUAUCCAUAAUAAAAGACAUCAUAUUUUACUGCUUAUCAUUUAGAUUUAAUAUACAUAGAAAUGAUAUAUUUAAUAAUAUUGAUAUAAAUGAAUAUACAAAUAUAAAUGAAGGUGCCACUAUUAGAACAAUAGAAAUAAAAACAAAUCCUCAAUCUAUUCAUAAAAGUAUAAACGGUCUAUAUAAAUUUAUAAAAAGUCUGAUUAUUUAUGGAUUUUCAGCAGGGGAAAUCGAAAAUUAUAAAAUUAAUGAAAUUGAUUAUGACAACAUAGAUGAACAAAAUGCAGAAAAAAAUAACACUACUGAUACUAGUCAUAAUAAUAGUAGUAAUGAUAAUGAAAAAGGUACAUCUUCUACAUCACAAAACAUGAAAUUAGGUCAUCCUGAUACCUGCAACGAACAAAAUGAUGAAUAUAUUUUAGACACUAAAAUGAAUGAAAUAUAUACUGAUGAAAUUCAAAAAAUAAUUGACUAUAAUUCAUGUAACAGUGUAUAUAUGAAUGAAAAAAGAGAAAAAAAAUUGAAAAAACAUAUUUUUGAAAAUAUUACAAUUGAAGAAAUAAAUAAUUUUGCUAAAAAUUAUUUUCAAUAUUUAUUUAAUAUAUUUAAUGAAGAUACUUCAUUAAAACCUAAUUGUGUUAUUAUUCAUGUUCCUAAUGCCAAUUUUAAUGAUUUAACCAAAAAUGAUAUUAAAGAAUAUUUUUAUAAUAAUAUAUAUUCAGAUGAACCAAUACCAAAUUAUUCAAUAAAUAUCCAAAAACAGUUAUUAUCUCCCCAAUAUAUAUAUCAAAAUAUUACACAAAAUUUGCAUAAAUCAAAAUAUAUCGAUCUAAUCCAUCAAAAACAAAAAGACUCAUCAAUUUUUAGUUAUAUACUAAAACAAAUUAAACAGGUAGAAAAACCUCAUGAAAUUCAUAAUACAAAUUGCAUCUUAAAAAAUCUAAACACUCAGCCAAAUUUUGACCUAUUUAAAGAAUGCUAUAAUAUCACCCAUAAUGAUAAUAAAAAAAUAGACCCAAUAAACGAAUUAAAUAAUAAUGAAUUUCCAAAAAGCAGUAAUACUAAUAAUGCUGCCCAGAAUGUCGAAACCGCAAAUGAAAAUUCUCAUGAGGACAUUAAAUUGUUGAAUUUGAAAAAUUAUGUAUUAUCAAAUAAAGGUAAAAAAGAAAUAGAAAAUUAUCAACUACUAAAUGGCAUUAAAAUUAAUUUAUAUAAAACACAAAUCGAUAAAAAAUACGUUUAUUUAAGACUCAUAAUCCCACAUAAUGAUAUAUUACGAAAAAAGUCAAACAAGCUUCAAAACAAAACCAGUAGCUUCGACUUAUUAUUUUCUAUUAUAUGCUUAUUUGAAGGGGGUGAAAUUGAAAAUAUAAGCCGAGAAAAUGUUGAAAUACAUUGUAGUAAUAAAAGCAUAAACAUAUACAUAGAUAUAAAUGAUGAAUAUUUUUACAUCGAUAUAUAUACAUAUAAUAAAUAUGAAAAUAUUAAUUCCGCAUUUUCUAUUUUAAAUAAUAUUAUAUUACAAACAAAAAUCGAGCCUUCAUCUCUACCAAGAGUUGUUGAUAAAUUAAAAAAAGACUUUUUUGAGUACAAAAACAAUUUACAGUCAUAUUUAUUAGGACAAACGAUUUAUUACCUAUCUGAUGGUGCAAUAGGAAAUCAAAAUUUUGAUAUUCAGGAUGUGGAAAAAAUUACCUUUGAAACAGUUCAAAAUGUAUUAAAUAAUUUAUUCAAUGAUUUAUCAUUAUUUGAAUUAACAAUUGUUGGAGACAUUUCUAACGUAAUUCAUUAUUAUAUUCUUCACUAUUUGGGAACUUUAAAAAAUAAAAAUAUGGAAGCAUAUAAAAAUCUCAAAGAAACAGAACAAUUGAAGAAUAUUAUGCCAUUAGAAAAAAAUGCACCGUUACAGCAAAGCACCCCAAAUAAUAAUUUUGAAACGACUCACAUUUCUAAUGACCUCACAAAAAAAAAAAGUGAAAACGAAAACGACUUAUUAGAUGAAUAUAAUUUACUAUGCCCAUUUAAAAAUUAUGAAGACAAAUUGAAAGAUGACACAUAUGUAUAUAUAAAAGAAAAAGAAGAACACGCUGUUUUUUUAUUAAUAGGAAAAAGUGCAAAUCAGUUUGGAUUUUUGCCAAAUGGUAUCCAUAUAUCAUUAUAUUUAAUUCAAUAUUUAAAGAAAUUAUUAUAUCAUAAAGAAAAUGAACAACAAAAAAAAACAGAUGACGAAAAAAAUAACAAAAAUUUGGAUACAACUAUGAUCGAUUCCGAACUUGAAUCUAUAUCUAAACAUAUAAAUCUAAAAGAUUAUGAAGGAGAAAGUUUCCAAGAAAUUAUUAAUAACAAAGCCAAAUUAUAUACAAAUCCAUUAUUUUUUAGUAUAGUAUCUUAUAUUAUUCAAUAUAUAUUGAAUAGCAAAUUUUUUCAUCAUUUAAGAGAAAAAAAAGAAUUAACAUAUGAUUCAUCAUUUGAAUUUAUAAAUUAUGAAAAGUAUUUUGCUGGAUUUUUUACAUUAUUAGUUCAAACAAAUCCACAAGAUUUAAAUAUAGUGAAAAAGGAAGUUUUAUCAGCUUUUCAUGAAUUUACAAAAAAUUAUUAUAAUUAUUCUGACUAUUUAAUACAUAAUGCUAAAUUAUCAUAUUUAAAUAAAAAAAAUAAAGAUUUAAAAUACUUUAUUGAUAAAAUAUCUGGUAUGAUGUUAACACAUUUUCCAUUAAAAUAUAAAAAUAAAGAUUUAUUAAAAGACAAUAUUAUAUUAAAUAAAAUUCAAAAAAUAGACAUACUUUUAGUUUUAUUCAUACUAUUUAAUCAAAAAAAAAACUAUCAUAUAUCUUAUGGAAUAUCCGCUCCAGAAAAUUUGUGGACCAACUUGUACAAAAAUAUAAAUAAAUUGGAAUGA